CUGCACUCUCAGAGUCUAGCGCGGGCGGCGCGCCUCGCGGUCGCGCGCCAGCUGGACCCGCAACCUUCGCACUUGUGCCCUCUGCACUGUGUAGCUUGCGCUGGCUCUUGAAUUGCUGAGCACUUCGAAAUCGUGUUGAAGUUUGAGGGCGCGAGAACUUGGAUUCUGAGGAAGACGGUCUUUGGAGAGGGAGAGCGUGUGAGUGGUUGGCAGGGGGCUAGGGUUGCAUGCUUCAGGUUGACAGGUCUCUUCUGGGAGUGCAAAAACUUUACAGGGGCCUUCAUGGCGGCUGGCGACCCAUCGCAGGAGCAGGCUGCCCCUAGUAGCAGUGAGGCCCCUUCUGCCCCCCCAUUGACGGAGGCGCAGCCGCCCGCUUAUAUACCUUAUACGGGAUAUCAGCAGUACACUCGGGGGGGGCGGCCCCAGUCGCAAACGCACUAUCAGCAGCAGCCACAGAUGACAUCGCGUCCUGAGUACUGGCAGGCAGAGGCGCCUCCGCAGCCCGGCUACUCUGUGACCGGACCGGGUGGUUACGAGUAUCACGAGCUGAGCGGAGAGUACGGUUACGACAGGCCCCUGCCGUGCUGCGGUUGCGGUAUUGGGUGGUUCCUGUUCAUCUUUGGUUUCUUCUUCAACCUCCUCUGGUACGUUGGCGCGAUUCUCUGGUUCUUCCCCCACAACCCCCGGGAGCGGCCAGGCCUAACGGCGAGCCUUGUUGCAGGGUGCAUCAGCGCUGCGUUCGCUCUGGGCAUUGUUGCGUAUUUCGUCAGUGACCGGGACCACAUCAUGGCGCUUUGGGCCGACUACCGGUUGGGGCAACCUGUCCUUGACUCUUGACACGUGUUCCCUUGAGGACCAUAGCACCAGGCGAUUCUUCCCGCAGUAAGGGUCGGUGGCGCGGGUGCUGGUUCCGCAGAGGGGUUCGGUUAUUGAAAGAUGCCUAUAUCCUGUGGCAGAAGCUUAGACCUAUAGCCUAAAAUGAGCCGAAAAAUAUUUCACAAUUUCUGAUCUGUUGCUUUAAGUAUAGGUUCGUUUGUUGGUUCUCAUUAUGUCUGAUGCCUGCCUGCAUCAACCUCGAGGCUGCGCUGGGAUCGGAGAUCGCGUUCAGAGCGAGGCUCCGACGGAGUGAAGUCGAUCGAGCCCCAAUUCCAGUUACUUAGCGGCUAGGAAACUUGAAGAAUUGGAAGAGCUGUACAUAUUGUACUAAAUUCGAUAGUGAGUAAGCGCUAACGUUACUUUCUUAGGUAUCUAGCUUAAGGAACGAUACACGGGUUUCUAACAACAUCAUUGGUUUGAAGCAUUGGUAUGUGCCAGGAGCUAUGCUUGCCUUAUGUUAGUAAGGCAGGUUACUAGCUACCUAGCUGCUGGCAGGUCGGAUGACUUGGGAGCACGUGACCAUCCGAAAGUUCUUACAUCAAAGUCCGCCG